CCCCUCACCAUCAGUUUCUUCAGUUCUCCCGUCUUAGUCAGCAGAACCAAGCUCUUUACGAUAAUUCUGCUGUGUCGUGUUUCUCGCUUCGUCUCACUAACUUUACUUAGUAUCGCAUAGCUCGCUUGGGUCUCCAGUCUGCUUCCAUAAACCGUGUGGCGGUCGCACAGCCAGCAAGCGUCAGGCGAGUUUUGCGCCGCUGAUUAAAAUUAGAAGGUCCUUCAAGCAGGUUUGUCACUAUGGCGCGUCGCAACACGGGCCAGCCAGUCGUCGAGGAUGACGAAGACGACUGGGGCUCCAACGCCAAGUGGGUCCCUCCCUCGCAGCGCGCCGCAACCGGCGGCGGCGGCGGUGAGCAGACGCUGAAGGACCUCGAAGACGAGGCGCUGCAGAAGAACAGCGAGUUAACGGACGCGACGCUUAAUCUCCGGCGAAUCACGGAGCAGACCAAGGGCGUGGCGGGACAGACGCUGGUGACGCUCAAGGAGCAAGGCGACCAGAUCCAACGCAUACACGAGAACGCGGUCACGCUGGACCAGGAGAUGGAGAAGUCCGAGAAGCUUCUGAGCAAGCUCGGCGGGAUGUUCUCGUUCGGAUGGAAGCCGAAGAAGGGCCACAAGAUCAAAGGCCCCAAGAGCUCAGCCAACAGUUCGGACUCGGCAUCGGGGGAUGCAGGGAGUCGCGAGGCCUUGGGGUUGAAAGCGCCUAAGGCGGGGGCGGCGGCUCCUAAAGGCUCGGAGGGCAUGACAGCCAUGGAGAAGAUCGAGAUGGAGCGCAAAUUCCAGGACGAGGUGCUGGAUGACGUCAGUGACGGGCUGGAUGCGCUGAAGAACAUGGCGAUGACCAUGGGGUCCGAGAUGGACAAGCAAGACAAGGCUUUGGACCACCUGUCAGACGACGUGACGGAGAUCAACAGCAGAGUCAAGCAGUCCAACAAGCGCGCCGCGAAGCUGCUUGGAAAGCGCUAGCUAGCCCAGUACCACACGCCCGCUUCAGCAUAUGUGCUAGUCUAGUCUAUUGCACCCCUUAGCACCUUAGUUGGUAGAGUGGAAAUCGCCCUUGUGUGUGCUGUCUGUGUCGUCUCUGUCACCCCGUUGGUGCGGUGCUGACAAAGAGUCCCAUCCAGGGGCCAUGUGUCCCCUCUGGUGCCCCUGCUCAAAUUUCUCCCCUUCAGCAGCUGUCUAUUAUGCUGCUGAGCUUCUUUUCUAAUAUAUUCCGCCCCCUGCCCCUUCUGCUGUUUUGGUUCUGGGCUGGGUGGGUGCAUCAACGGCUGCUCUUGCGCAGUGCUGUUACCUUGUAUGCAACAAUGUACAUGUGUUUUUGCCUCUUCUAAGUGGUCAUCAUGUAGAUAUAGAAAAUCAUACAAAUCUGGUCUGGUGAUAAUGUACCUAGUGCCUGCUCUGUACAUGAACGUUUUUUAGUUGACUA